UGUUAUUCAUGAGUUCUCGGUACAUUCGAUAAAAUAUCAUUUCGGGACUAAAAAAGUGAUCAGACUUCACCCAACAUUCUAAACAAAGCAAAAUGCCGGAACUAGAUCAAAGUCAAUUAAAAGUUUCUCCACUCGGUGAAGUGAGUAAAUUUCUAUCUGCACAUGAAAAUUUCAAAAAUGCAUUUAUAUCAUCGAGCAUCCCGCAAGUGUGUAAAGACGAGCCUUGCGUGCUCGGGGUAGAUGAAGCUGGUCGCGGUCCGGUCCUAGGUCCAAUGGUGUACGGCAUUGCAUUUUGCCCAAUUGAAAGCAACAAAGAACUCGUCGAUUUGGGAUGUGCCGAUUCGAAAGAGUUAACAGAAGAAAAACGAGAUAUUAUAUUUGCAAACAUGAACACAAAAGAAAGUUCGAAUUCUUGCAUUGGUUGGUCAGUUGAGGUGAUUUCCCCAAGUGUGAUAAGUGCCAAUAUGCUUAGAAGGACGAAAUAUUCAUUGAACGAGAUCUCCAUGGAUUCGGCAAUAGGACUGAUAAAGCGUGCAGCUGACGAAGGAGUAAACAUCGCCGAAGUCUACGUGGACACAGUUGGUCCGCCGGAAAAGUACCAGGCGAAAUUGAGUAACAUCUUCCCAUAUUACAAAAUAACCGUUGCCAAAAAAGCUGAUUCCACGUACCCCAUUGUGUCGGCUGCAAGUAUUUGCGCGAAAGUGACUAGAGAUCAUGCACUCAAACUCUGGCGCUUCCCCGAAGGAUUGAAAUUAUCUCACGAGACAUACGGUAGCGGCUAUCCUGGUGAUCCAGACACGAAACGAUUUCUCUCUGAAAAUGCUGAUCUGGUGUUUGGAUAUCCAAACUUAGUGCGAUUCAGUUGGUCAACGGCUGAGACGGCCCUCAAUGGACAUGCCUACGAUGUUGAAUUCGAUGAUAUUGAUGACACGAAGCAGGAAUAUGAGGGUGAGCAGAUUACCAAAUUCUUUAAGGGGAAGACUAUCAAAGGACAAAUAAAACGGGAAAGACAUCAAUUCUUUAAGAGGAGGUUCUUAGGAAAGGUCGAAUUUUAGUGAGUAUUGAACAACAUUUCUUAAUUUAAGGAUCUCAAAUAAUGUAAGACUUUAAAUGUGUAUUUUGUCAAUAAAUUUAUUCUGAUAAUGUUUAAAGUAU